AUGCCUACCACGACCGCUGAGACGCUCUCCCUCGUCACCCGGAAUGUCACCGUCGCCCCCCUCGUCCUCCUCUCCGCAGUCGACCACUACAACCGAACCGUUCAGAACAAAACGAAACGGCGAGUUGUCGGUGUUUUGCUCGGUCAGAAUGAUGGCAAGAAUGUCAGAGUGUCCAACAGCUUCGCUGUCCCCUUCGAGGAAGAUGAGAAAGAUCCCUCGGUCUGGUUCUUGGACCACAACUACGUCGAGUCCAUGAACGACAUGUUCAAGAAAGUCAACGCCCGCGAGAAGCUGAUAGGCUGGUACCAUUCCGGUCCCAAGCUUCGCGCCUCUGACCUCGAGAUAAACGAUCUUUUCAAGCGCUACACGCCGAACCCUCUCCUUGUCAUCAUCGACGUACAGCCCAAGGAGUCGGGCGUCCCUACAGACGCCUACUUUGCUGUCGAGGAGAUCAAAGACGACGGUACGACUACUUCGAGAACCUUCGUCCACACUCCGUCCAUCAUCGAAGCCGAGGAAGCCGAGGAGAUUGGUGUCGAGCACUUGCUACGAGAUAUUCGAGACGUCGCUGUUGGCACACUUUCCACUCGCGUCACCAACCAGCUUCAGUCGCUCCAGGGUCUGCACCUGCGGCUGCGUGACAUCGGUGCCUACCUGCAAAAGGUUCUUGACGGACAACUCCCGGUCAAUCAUGCCAUUCUCGGCAACCUUCAGGACGUCUUCAACCUGCUCCCCAACCUGUCCACGCCGGAGAGCGAUGGCAAGACUGGUGGUGGAGAACUGGCACACGCCAUGAGCAUCAAGACCAACGACCAGCUCAUGGCCAUCUACCUCAGCAGCCUGAUACGCGCCAUCACUGCCUUCCACGACUUGAUAGAAAACAAGAUCCAAAACCGACAGCAGCAAGAGGACAAGGAUGCCAAGAAGGAGGAAGGGAACGGGAAGGAUGAGAAGAAGGAGGCAGGCGCCAAUGGGGUCAAUGGUGAGACCAAGGACGGCGACAAGGAUAAGGAAGGGAAGGACAAGAAGAAAUAA